AUGAAACAUACCGAGAAUUACCAAAAUUCUGGAAGCGAUAGUGGUUCGACGACCAAUAAGUUUAAUAACUAUAAUCACAAAAAGUUUCCACCUUCACCUCCCAAAUCUUCUUCUCGGGAAAAGAAUUUUAAAAAACACUAUAAAGACAAUGCCAACAAUACAAAAAAAAAGUAUACCAUUAAUUUCAAUGAGGAUAAAAAACAUGAAAACGAUCAUGAAUAUCUAAGUGAAAAAAUAAGAUCUUUGAAAAUAAAAGACAAUACUGAUAAUAUUGAGGAUACUAAAAAUAGAAGACAGCUUAACAAUACUAAUGAUGAAGAGGGAAUGAGUUUUGAUAGUUACAACAACAACAACCAUAAAAGUCCCAAGAAAAAAUAUAAUAACAGAAUUGGUCAUGCUAACAAUAACAACAAUAAAUAUGAGAAAACUAUUUCUCCCUUGGAUAAUGGUGGAAAUUACAGGAAGAAUAAGAAUAGGAAGGACAGUAAUUCUAAUGUAAAACCAACUUCCUCCCCAGGCAGAUCUUUGGAUGCUGGCAUUCUAGAUGAUAAUAUGAACAAAGGCAGAAUUAUAGAGGCUUUAUCUAAAAAACAUAAUCCAUUGGCUGCUAGACUAGGAUUAAUAAAUACCGAAACCGAUCAUGAAAAAAAUAAAGCAGAUGAUACAACCAAAACAUUAAAACCUACUAAAUCUUUUCCUGUAUUAAGCAAAGCUGAAAUUUUAAAAAAAAAAAUUGAUGAGCAAAAACUAAUUUUGAAAAAAAAUAAAGAUCGCAAAAUGGCGCUAGAUUUGCUUAAUUCGGAUGAGCCUAUAGAGUGGGAUGAAAAUGAGAUUAUUUUAUAA